ACAAAGGCUUUGAGCUCAGGACGCCCCUCUCUCUCUCCCUCUCCCUCUCUCUCUCCCUCUCUCUCUGUACAAAGACAGCCUCGCUCGACCGUCCUCGCGUCUCUUUCUGUCAUGGAGGUGUUUUCGAACAGGCGGCGUUGAGAGAGCUGCUGGCUGUUUUCCUUUUUUUUUUAAUUUCCCCUCACCGCCUCAACUUUCUCCUGCUGAAAAUGUGCGAGCGUCUGGAUCCGCGCUCGGCCGAGAGAGGACGUCUUUCCGUGGGUUUAACACAAGGAAGCGUCGCCUGAGAGAGAGAGAGAGAGCGAGGGAGAGAGAGAGAGAGAGAGAGAGAGAGAGGGGGAAGGAUCGACGCUUUUUCCUCCUCUCCUCCUCCUCCUCCUCCUCCUUCCCUUCGCCCCCUCUCCUCCUCUUUUUGGCGGAGAGAGGGGCUGAGACAGGAAUAAACGCUCCUUUUUUUUUUUGUUUUCUGUGUUUUUCUUUUAAUGCAUUUGAGUCCUACUGCGCCACCAGAGCGGAUCACGUGGGGCUGGAGAGAGUUGGAUCGAUUUCGGCACAGUUCAAUGUGAGAAAAAGAGAGAGAGAGAGAGAGAGAGAAACACACAACUCUUAUUCCUUGUUUCACUCCCAUGGAUAACUGGGACUGUUGAUACUUUGCCUCAGUGCAAGAGGAGCAGGGGAGGGAGUUGGUUCUUUUUUUUUUUCAGCCUUGGAGGUGUGGAGUAUUAAUUCUUAUAUGCCUGGGUUUUGAAAAACAAUGGAGACGCACAUUUCGUGCCUCUUCCCGGAAAUUUUGGCCAUGAUUUUCAGCUAUCUGGACGUGAGGGACAAAGGCAGGGUUGCCCAAGUGUGCAUCGCUUGGAGGGAUGCAUCCUACCACAAGUCGGUGUGGAGGGGGGUGGAGGCCAAGCUGCACCUCCGCCGGGCCAAUCCCUCCCUGUUCCCCAGCCUCCAGGCAAGGGGCAUACGGAGGGUCCAGAUCCUCUCGCUGCGCCGCAGCCUGAGCUAUGUGAUCCAGGGGAUGCCCAACAUCGAGUCCCUCAACCUGUCCGGCUGCUACAACCUCACAGAUAACGGGCUGGGUCAUGCAUUCGUGCAGGAGAUCCCAUCACUGAGGGUUUUGAACCUGAGUCUGUGCAAGCAGAUCACAGACUCCAGUCUCGGCAGGAUAGCUCAGUAUCUGAAGAACCUGGAGGUGCUGGAGCUUGGUGGCUGCAGCAACAUCACCAACACUGGGCUUCUCUUGAUAGCCUGGGGCCUGCAUAGACUCAAGAGCCUCAAUCUGAGGUCCUGCAGGCAUGUCUCGGAUGUGGGGAUUGGACAUUUGGCGGGCAUGACCCGCAGCGCUGCAGAGGGCUGCUUGAACCUGGAGUACCUGACUCUCCAGGACUGUCAGAAACUGACGGACCUGUCACUCAAGCACAUUUCCAAGGGGCUGACAAAGCUCCGGGUACUGAACCUGAGCUUCUGUGGGGGGAUCUCGGACGCAGGGAUGAUCCACCUCUCCCACAUGGCCUCUCUGUGGAGCCUCAACCUACGCUCCUGUGACAACAUCAGCGACACGGGGACCAUGCACCUCGCCAUGGGCACCCUAAGGCUCUCUGGACUUGACGUGUCCUUCUGCGACAAGAUCGGGGACCAGACCCUGGCGUACAUCGCCCAGGGGCUGUACCAGCUCAAGUCGCUGUCCCUGUGCUCGUGUCACAUUUCUGAUGAUGGGAUAAACCGGAUGGUGAGGCAGAUGCACGAGCUGAGGACCCUGAACAUUGGACAGUGUGUGCGCAUCACGGACAAAGGGCUGGAGCUCAUAGCGGACCACCUGACCCAGCUGGCGGGCAUCGACCUGUAUGGAUGUACCAAGAUCACCAAGAGGGGACUGGAGAGGAUCACACAGCUCCCCUGCCUUAAAGUGUUGAACCUGGGACUCUGGCAGAUGACAGAGAGUGAGAAAGUGAGGUGAUUGAAAAUGUUCUUUUGUAAGUGUGUGUGUGUGUGUUUUCUUUUUUGUUUUGGGAUGAGGGACAUGAGGAGAAAGAAGAGGGGAGUGGUGGAUGGGAGGGGAAACAUCUUUUCUUCUUUAAAAAGAGAGAAAACCCUCCUGAGUAAGGUGCGCUUCUCCCAUGUGACCAGGAUUUUCUGUCCAAAUGUUUUGCGUUUCCUUUCCGUUGGCCUUGCAGGAUCUAAAUUAGUGUUUGAUAUGACGAGAGGAAGAAUUAAAACCUGCUUAUUUUGUUGUAAUCUCAUGCAAAUCAAUGCUAGCAAUUGUUUUGAUCUCACACUGAGUUUUAACAUCUCUUGAAGUCUGACUUUGGACUGGAGUAACUUCAAUGCAAAUCAUCUCCUCUCACACAUUUUCUAAAGGUGUCUAACUAUUAGAAUAAUCAGCUGCAUUUACUGACACUUGCUUCUGUGGGAAAUCUUGAAGCGUAAACUCGCAUCCAUCCAAUCCGGCACCAAGAUUUCUUUUUAUUCUAAAAGCAAAGUGAGGUUUUGAAACUUGAGUAGGAGACUUUUAUUUUUUCUUACAGUGAGUCUGGAUUUGAAACAUUUACGACUUAAUCUCCGCUACAGCCAUCACGCCUAAAGAAACAUUUGGCUACCUCGUAUGUGGUUGUUUUCAAAGGGUGUAUACUGUUAAAAAGGAAAAGAAGGAAGGCGAGAAUGAGAGACUGGGAGAAAAUGUGCCUAAAGGGACUGUCUGCCCCCUCCCCCAUCCCCCUUCUCCUCCCUCCAUCCCUCCCUCCCUCCUCCGCCAGCAGAGCUGGAGAAAGGAGACCAGGACACGAUCUAACUACCUUUGUUAAUUUACCCCCCACAAAUAAACAGCAACAAUUUCCCAGAGAAAGAGAAAGUGAAAGCAAUUGGUUAAAUGUAGACCGUUUACUUUAUGCAAAAAACAUAAUCUGCUUGUGUACAGGAGCUUUUUUUUUUUUUAAUCUACAAAUUUUAGGAAUGAAGUCCAACUUUAACAAACAUUUAUGUUCCAACUGAUCAAUAUUAAGGAGACAAGAUUAUCAGCUCCCCCCUUAAAGAAAUACCUGUAGUCAUCCUAUGAUAACACUAGAUAGAGGAAUAUUUUAAGAUACAAUAUGAGGUAUUGGUAUGAGCAGGCCAUUAUUAAACGCAAUAUAUGUAAUUGUAACCUAUUAUAGGGGUAUUUGGUAUUUUAUUAUAAGGGAUGCUGGGGGAAAUAAAUGUCAGUGGAUGUUGUUCAGAGCGUCGUACUUCAAAUUGAAGUGAUUUCUAUGUCUUAUCAAUACCCUUUAUUGAUCGAAAUGAAUCAGGGUUUGCUCUGUUUUUUUUUCUUCUUUAUUUUCCCACGUUGAUGCCAACACAGGUCGCAUUCAUAUUCAUGUUGCUCCAGAGUGAAGAAGAGGGGGAUGGACAUGUCUUUUUUUUCCUCCUCUUUUUCUCUAUCUCUCCCCUGAAUAAAAGACAAUUUACCCUGAAUAUAUUUUGAGACAUGCUUAUAGAAGAAGGAGCGAUCGAUUAUUUUCCUUUUCUCUCUCUCUCUUUCCUCCGUCUCGGGUUACAAGCGGAAUGCAUCUCUCUCUCUCCCUCUCUCUCUCUCUCGCACACACACACACACACACUUAUACAAAUGCGCACGAGCACACGGGGGCCUGUGUGCGCGUGCUUUAAUGUAAUGCAAAUGACCUGCUAGAAAAAUUAAUAUACGGAUGUGCGUCCUGCUGAACAAGCUGUGUGUGUGUUUGAAAAAUGAAAUUAUGUACUGUAUAUUAUGUGUUUGUAAAGAAGAAGAAGAAAAGAAAAAAUGCAGAAAUCCCAAAAUUAAAUUGUUUUA